CACUAUGGCGGAUGAACCAACAAGUAAGCGCCGCCGCUUCACCCAUGAUCAAACCGGGUCUGAGGAUUAUCUGAGCCCUCUUCUCCAUCAUCAUCAAACCCCAACAGUGGAGACGAUGCCACAUGCAUUUGACAACAUAGACCCUUUCCUCUCUCCGGCCACUAGUUGGGGAUUUGACGAGUUUGCGCACGAUCCCAGCUAUCUUGCAUCCCAAGAACAACUACGGUCGCUUUUGUUUACCACUGCCCGUUCUGCAGCGCCAACACGAGCUGGUACUCCAGUGGAGCUGGAAGAGAAUGCGUAUGAGACCUCCUUCGACAUCAAACAAGUGCUUGCAAAUGGUAGAAGAGUCCAGUAUUUCAAAAACUACAUCUCAAGUGUAGCCCCAUGGCUAGACAUGUUCGACCGCGAUCGCGCUUUCGGCAUCCAGUUGACUGCCCUCGCAAAAGAGUCGCCACCCUUGCUGUACGCCAUAUUGGCCAUCGGUGCUCGUCACCUAGAGCGUAAGGAGAAGACUCAAUCGUCAUUUGACAGUUUGGAACUUUAUCAAGAAGCCAUUCGCUUGCUCACGCCUCUUCUGCAAGCACGCAACACGCAGGUCAUUGCCGCCUGCGUAGUGCUAUGUUGUCUAGAAAUGUUCUCGGCUAGUGCACAAGAUUGGCGUCGACACCUUGAAGGAUGUGCUGCUGUCUUCGAAGCUUUCGGCGUGAAUGGAUUCAGCGGCGAUGUCCUUCAAGCUGUGUUUUGGUGCUAUGCUCGGAUGGAUGUUUGCGGGGCACUCAUUUCAGAUGGGACUGAGACCACUUUGCUCAGCCCUGCGAGAUGGCUACCGGAAAAUACACCGGAAGAUUGCGUUGAGACUCUAUUCCGUGACUCAGCCUCUCCCGACAUGUACGCCAAUUAUGCUGUGUAUCUAUGUGCCAAAGCUUGUGAGCUCAUCUCCGAUCGUAAUAAAUUCAUUGAAUUGGGCCAAGAAAACGGUUGCGACACGGAUUCAUUCAACAAUCGGUGGUCUCGGCUAUGGGACCAACUCGCCAGUUGGUUCUUUUAUCGACCCAAGGAAAUUCUUCCUGUGAAUACGAUAGACGCCACUCCGUUCCCUCAAAUAUUCUUUACUUAUUGGGCUGCCAUAUCGUCCAACCAGCUGUACCACACCGCCUGCGUUCUUCUCCUAAGCGCAAAUCCUCAACGAAAAGCCUUACUAGAACAAUCUUCGACGUCAUCGAUGCUCUGGCAUGCCAAACGCAUCUGCGGAAUCUCCACCACGAAUCCCCAUGAAGGAUGUUUGAAUAACGCUAUCCAACCCCUGUGGAUUGCCGGACGAUUACUCAGCCAUAGCUCGGAGCAGGCCCUCGUCGUGAAAACAAUUAGACACAUAGAAGCCAUGACAGGCUGGACGGCCACUUGGAGAGUACGUGAUCUGGAACAGACAUGGGGAUACAAGGUACGAUGA